GUGUGUGAUAUUGAACGAUGCGACCUAUCCGUGCGCGCCCUCACAUAUACAAGAUACUGAGGUGAUCGUAUUUCACUACAUUUUCUUCUGGCAUACCCGAAAGGUAUAGAAAAGAAGGUUAUAGAGACCGGUGACGCGGCUCGGAUCACAUACAUAGCGGAGAGAAGCGACAACGUUUCGCUUUUACUUUGUCCUCGAUGAUGGCAGCUCAGGAUUUCAAUUUUUUACUUGCGACGGACUCUUAUAAGAUUACCCACUACAAGCAAUACCCACCCAAUGUCAGUAAGGUGUACUCCUAUUUCGAGUGUCGGCGCAAAAAGGGGGCACAGUUUAACGAGGUGGUGUUUUUUGGCCUCCAGUAUCUCCUGAAGAAAUACCUAGCAGGUGCAGUUGUCACGGAGGAAAAGAUUCAGGAGGCGAAAGUCUUUUAUCAGAUGCAUUUUAAACAGACAGUGUUCGAUGAAGAGGGAUGGAGGAAAGUUUUAGAGAAAUAUGAUGGCCGUCUUCCAAUCCGUAUCAAAGCAGUUCCCGAGGGAAAGAUCAUUCCCAGAGGGAACGUUCUUUUCACUGUGGAGAACACCGAUCCAGAUUUCUUCUGGCUCACCAAUUAUAUUGAGACGAUGCUGGUCCAAAUGUGGUACCCCAUCACCGUGGCAACAAUCUCCAGGGAGUUCAAAAAGAUUCUGGCCAAGCACCUGAAGGCCACGUCAGGGAGCCUGGAGGGACUAGACGCCAAACUGCACGAUUUUGGCUACAGAGGGGUGUCCUCACAAGAGUCGGCAGCACUUGGUGGAGCUGCUCAUCUGGUGAAUUUCUGCAGCACAGAUACAGUGGCAGGUCUGCUGAUGGCACAGCGAUACUACGGAUGUCCUAUGGCUGGAUUCUCCAUUCCUGCUGCAGAACACAGCACUAUCAUCUCCUGGGGCAAGAGCCGAGAGAAAGAUGCGUUUGAGUGUCUGCUGGACCAGUUUCCCUCUGGGCCUGUAGCUGUGGUUAGCGACAGUUAUGACAUUUUUAAGGCUUGUAAGCACAUCUGGGGGGACAAGCUGAAGGAGAGAGUGAUGGAGAGGAGUGAGGAUUCUGCCCUUAUUAUUCGUCCAGACUCUGGGGACCCCGCUCAGAUGCUCUUAGAGGUGAUAAAGAUUUUGGAGGAGUGUUUUGGAUGUUCUCUGAACUCAGUUGGUUACAAGGUGCUCCCAUCAUACCUGCGCAUUAUCCAGGGGGAUGGAAUUGAUCUGAACUCGAUUAAUGAGAUUCUGGAGAAACUGAGCGAUGAAGGUUGGAGUGCAGAAAAUAUGUUUUUCGGUUGCGGAAGUGCACUCCUGCAGAAAAUCAACAGAGACACGCUUAACUGUGCAUUUAAGUGCAGCUAUGUGGAGACCAAUGGCAAAGGCAUGGAUGUCUAUAAGCAGCCAGUGACGGACCCAUCUAAAGGAUCCAAGCGUGGUCGUCUCUCUCUGAGGAGAAACUCAGAUGGCUUCAUUGAGACGGUGGAAAGAGGAGCAGGCAAACCAGAGGAGGACAUGUUGGUGACUGUGUUUGAAAACGGGACCAUCCUGCAGGAGUACACUCUGGAUGAGAUCCGUAAAGCUGCUCAGCUUUGGGAAGAAGACGUGAACCCUUCCCAGCACAACGAAGAGGACAGUAAUACUCUGGAGAUCCACCAGAAACGCAUAAUGAACGGCGUGCAUUAAUAUACACACUGUUCUCAUCACUGCCCCCUACAGACCAACCACAGUCCUGUUCCACAACACUUAGAUGUUCAUCAAUAUAGCAGAACACAGUGUUGCCAAUACAUUAUACAAAUACAUAUCACAUCUGACCUUUCGACUUUUGAGGCAAUCCUUAAAUUUUGGAUUUGGUUGCCACAGUUUUUUUUUUAUUAGUUCCUCCUUCAUUUUACCACACUUUGAGAUGCCAAAUAUCUUUGUUGGUGCCUCAGCAGGGUUUGCAUUCGAUUGAUUGUAAUGUUGUUAAAGCAUCACCUGGCAGUACAUUGAUAAAUGAAGGAAACUUCAUUUGAGGUGAUCUAAUGAUCGUAUCUGGGAUUCUGAACCAGCAGUUCUGCACAUGAUCCUGGUUUUCGUACAAUGAAACUCAGAAAAUGCAAAAAUUAGAUUUAGAAAUCACUAGCUAUUUCACUUUUGGAGGAUUCUCGAUGUUCUUUAAACAUUUUUUUUUUAAAAGAUACCCUUAUUGCCAAGAUAGCAAUUAUGCAUUUUUUUUUUACUACAAAAGAAAUCCGUUUUAAGCUAUUCCCAUGUUGUGUUCAACAGAGAUGCAGACUUGAAGAUUAUCCACCCUCUUUGUCUUCUCGCUGUUACAUAGCUCACUUAAAUUUGCUUCCUCAACUUUCAGAAUAAUACUUUCGUUGGUAAAGCUGGACAGAUGUCUUCACUGGAGAUAAAUGGUUUUCUUAGAACAGCAAAUUGAUCCUGAUGUUAUAAACGCUCUUAAUGGAGUAAAUGCUGCAUAGAAAAGAA